AUGACGCUCAAGCUUUUUUCUACGACCAAAGAGAUGCCUAGCCCUACACUUCCAGAGUACGAAGGAAUUGUGGAAGACAGGAUGCGCUUGGAAGAGUCCACCGUCGACGAAAUAACACCCCAGUGCUGCUACGACGUCAAGGAGGUCCACCUAGAUGCAAGAACGCUCGUCGAUCUUGUUCAUGCUCUCCACCCGAUCAUGCCGAGUGCCCGCCGGUGCGAUGCGUGCCAUGACCGUCCUCCUUCCAGUUCCGUCGACUCAAAGGUCUACCCCAAGGCUACCAACGACACGUGGCAGGACUCAUCCAGCAUGUGGCAGCUGGUCCGGAGCGAGCUCCCUACUGAAACGCCCCUAUCUCAGGACCUCGUGGAGAUUCUCGGCAGCUGGGUAGUGGCCCAAGAAAUGUCGUCGCUCCAACUUGCACGCAUCUACAGAAUCAGCGGAGGCCUGGCUACAGACCGCCACAAAGAGGCAAUGGAGCGCGCGGGUGCGUCCUACAUGAUCCGCACUGUUCAGCACGAUGCCGAGAAGGCCCUGUUCUUGUACCACAGCUUUGACGCUUGUUGGGACAUUCCUUGGACCAAGGUUUACAGCAUGACUGAGCUUGGCGAUAAGAAACCCUACGCAUCCGGCGCUCAGACAAUCGUUCUUCCUUCCGCGUUCGACGAGACUUUGACAACAUUCCAGGCCGGCCGGCGAGGAUGA